AUGUCCCUUGCCGUUCGGCACCUCCUCCGUGCUGAAAUAGCCAGACCCGAGCUUCAACUUCAAAAACUCUUGCCGAAGACAAGAAAGCUCCCCAAAUUUCUCUGUCAACCCAAGCUCCCUAGGCUGAGCAAAGUCAAUCGGGACCCACGAGAUGACUCCCUCCGAAAUCAAAGUGUUGAAGGUUCGAACUCACGGCAGAAGACUCAGCUCCUAGCAGACCUCACAGACAUGCCAACCCACCCUUGCCGAUUGGCAAAGGUUAUGCAGAAAAUACGGAGAGCCUCAGAAAAACCCUUGCGAUGUGAACUAGCCUCACGCCGGCCUUCAGAUCCCAAGGAUUACCAAAAAAAAAAGAGGAAGUAUAUUUCCACUCUUGCUGAACGGCAAGGGUUGAGCAAACAAAAGGGGAGCUUCGAAAAAUUGCAAAACUCAACGGAACCAGCUCGUGCACCCUAG